AUGGAUGGACCGCCGAAGGAAGCGGACGACGAAGAGCAGGUACAUCCGCGUGUUAUCAUACACAUUGAUAUGGACUAUUUUUACGCUCAAGUAGAGGAGGUCCUGAAUCCCGCCCUCAAGGAUAAACCGUUUGCGGUAAAGCAACGGUUUUGUGUAGUAACGUCGAACUACAUCGCGCGCCAGCAUGGCAUCAAGAAGCUGCAACCGGUGAAGGAAGCGUUGGCCAUCUGUCCCGAGCUAGUGCUUAUCAAUGGCGAAGACAUUACCAAGUACAAAGAGAUGUCGGUGCGGAUAAAUGAAAUUAUGCAUAGGUUUACACCGCACGUCGAAAAGCUCGGACUGGAUGAGAACUAUCUGGAUGUGACGGAACUGAUCGCGGAGCGGCUGGAACAGCUGGAAGCUACUGGUGACCUUGGGCAAUUGAACAGCGUCGAGGGAUUGAUCCAUCCACCACCGGAUAGGACGGUAUCCGAAACGGAUCGAGACCUUUUCCGGCAUUGUUGUACCUGCGGUUGUGAUCGAAGACUGAUUUUGGCAACGCACCUAGCGAAGGAGGUACGAGACAGCAUAUUUAAAGAGCUUGGACUUCGCUGCUGUGCUGGCAUUGCACAUAACAAGCUACUGGCAAAGCUGGUCGGUGCAGUGAACAAGCAGAACAAGCAAACGGUAUUACUUCCCUCGCACGGGAGCACGUUUGUCGCAUCACUCGGUUCGGUGCGUAGUCUUACCGGAAUAGGGGAAAAAACGGCCCAAACGUUGGCCGACUGUUGUGGUAUAAGCACCGUCACUGAUCUGCAGUAUAUCGAGCUGGACAGGCUCACGAAGCAUCUAGGCUACGAGCAGGCCGUCCGGUUGAAGCAACUCGCGUUUGGUCGUGACGAUAGCGCCGUUAAGCAGACGGGCAAACCUAAAUCCGUCGGGCUAGAAGAUUCCUGUCCGUCCAUCUCGGUACGGGCGGAUGCGGAAGAAAAGUUUCGUCAUUUGCUCGUGCGGCUGGUAAAAAACAUCGCGGAAGAUGGACGAGUACCGAUCGCUAUUAAGGUUACCGUUCGCAAGUACGAUCUAGCGAAGCGAACCACACAUCGGGAAUCGAAGCAGGACAAAUUAGUUCCCUCCAUGUUUCGGCAUGUUAAUGGGCGGCUGCUGCUGGCAGACGGAGCCCAGGACAAAAUUCUCGCCAUCGUGAUGAAAGUAUUCGAGCGGAUGGUUGAUCUGCGCCAACCGUUCAAUAUUACGCUGCUUGGGCUUUCGUUUUUCAAAUUUCAAGAACGACGCAUCGGCAGCAAAUCGAUUGCGAACUUUCUGAUCAAAAAGUCCGACAUUGAGGUGCAGUCGAUAACGAAUCUGAGCAACGAAUCGAUUUCGCUCAGCGAACUUAGCUUCUGUUCGAACAAAUCGUCCCUGUCCGCGAUGGAUUGUGAACCUUGCUGUUCGUCGGAUGCAGGCUCGAUUGCGUCCCUUUCCGGUUCGGAAUCAGACGCUGAACCUUCGCCGAAAAAAUCACGCCGGCUUAUGUUUCCGACGUACCGGUACGAACCGGGGACGCAGGAACCGGACGAAACCACGCUAAGCAAGCUGCGUGUAGCGGAUCUUCGAUUGAAUUCCAAAGAGUACGAUCAGCAGGAACAUCCGGCAACGGUGGUCGGGUCGCCCGGAUUACCAAUGGACGUUUCCACCCAAAGCGGACCGUCAAAGGUGUCUUCAUUCUUCCGAGAGCGUAUGGCCGCCACCACUGUGUCCGAACCAGUCCAGAGUCGCUCAACUCAGCCCGUGUGUAGUAAAAUGGAGGUUGGCGUUUCACCGACAACCAACGACAUUCCCAGCAGCGUCGGAACCGAAAGGGACCAUACGGCUAGUGGUAAAAAUCACAGCAAAAGUACAAAUCUGCUGCCUCCGAACGUAGACCCAGAAGUGUUCCAUGCACUGCCGGAUGAUGUACAGCAGGAACUGCUCAGUAAUUGGCGAAGGGCUAAUGGUGGCAUGAUGACUGGUGGCAGUGGAGGGAUCGUCGGGAUCGGCAGUCCGGCCAGUACAAGCCCCAACAGUACUCACAACAAUUCCACCACUAGUAGUAGUAGUAGUAGUAACAGUACCACAACAACAAACGCUGCCACAUCCGGUAAGGGUAGCUCUAAAAAUACGUUACAUCGCUACUUCGUUAAAAACACGUAG